AUGGAUGCAGGACAGGGGAGUCCGGAGAGUCCUAACCGGGCUGUGGAGUACCUCUUGGAACUCAACAACAUCAUUGAGAGUCAACAGAAGCUUCUGGAAACACAGAGGCGACGCAUCGAAGAGCUUGAGGUCCAACUGGACCGGCUUAGCCAGGAGAACAAGGACCUGCGACUGGACCGGAAACCCUGUCCUCCUGACGGCGCUGGCUCGGCCCAUCCCAGCCAACCUCCCUCUGUGUCCGUCCAAAGCCACAACAACAGCGGGAACCCCGUACCCCCUCCUCCACCCCCGGUGCCUGUCCGGGACCGCCGCACCCAUACCCGCCUGAGCCGCGGCCUGUCGUCUGGGUCCAACCCAGUGGAGAGAGAGAGAGUGGAACGCCCUGACAGCUCAGGCACCAGUCCAGCCACCACUCUGCAGAGACAGCCAGACGGAGACUCCAAUAAAGACAGUGUGGAAGGGGAUCCCCAAUGUCCAGAUACGAGUAGUUUCUCUGACAGCCAGUGCAGCCAGGCUCCUUACCUGGGUAACUCUGAACGCUACGAGAAGAGUGGUGUCCCUACUGGCCCCCAGGGGCCUCCAGUGGCUCCCACGAGUCCAGCGAGCCUGGCUUGGGCUCAGCGCACCCGACACCAGCCUGCCAGCCUGGCCCUGCGCAAGCAGGAGGAAGAGGAAAAUAAACGGUGUAAAGCUCUAUCAGAUAGCUAUGAGCUCUCUACAGACCUACAGGACAAGAAGGUGGAAAUGCUGGAGAGGAAGUAUGGCGGCUACUUCCUGAGCAGACGCGCGGCACGGACCAUACAGACGGCCUUCCGCCGCUAUCGCAUGAACAAGAACUUUGAGCGCCUGCGCAGCUCAGCAUCCGAGAGCCGUAUGACACGCCGCAUCAUCCUGUCUAACAUGCGGCUGCAGUACUCGUUUGAUGAACGACAGCCGCAAGCGCCCCCCGGGCAGCAGCAGCGCUACCCUCACCCUGGGGCCCUGGGCAUGGGGGACCAGGCGGGAACGGUAGAGCUGGAGGGCAGCUCCCCCUCGCACUGCCCCUCUGACCGCGAGGAGUACACACACACGGAUGACUCUUUCUCCAAACAGGUGAAGUCUCUGGCUGAUUCCAUGGACGACGCUUUGACAUGCCAGUCAGGACGAGGUGACUCUCAAGAAGGCAGUGGAGAUGGAGUGACCAUGUCUGGGGUUGAGGGCGAUGACUUUGGAGAGUGCGUUUGGAACAACAGCGGGAAAUCCUUGUCGCGCAGGGGUUUGGGCGAACGGGAGCGAGGUGGUGGAGGAGGUGGAUUGAGUAUGCAUGAGGACAGCACGGCCACCUCCUACAGUGACGUUACUCUUUAUAUGGACGAUGGGAUGCCCUCCUCUCCUCUCUCCAUCGACCGAGCACCCAGCAGCACUGACACAGAGUACUGGGGCAUGAGCAGUGGGGUAGGGGGGAGAGAGGACAGUCGAGACACGGAGGGAGGAGGGAGUAACAACAGCCGGCGUAGCACUCCGUGUACGGAGUGCCGGGACUACAGGUUGAGAGGAGCUCACCUCCCUGUGUUGACCAUUGAGCCUCCCAGUGACAGCUCGGUGGACAUGAGCGACCGCUCGGACCGUGGCUCCCUCAGUAGGCAGAUGGUUUACGAGCAGGAACCCGGUGGAGGAGGAGGUUCACCUCAGGGAACUCUUAAACACAGCCCCAAUGCCCGUUCCCCAAACUCCUGCUCCGCGCAGGGCCAGACCCGCGUCCCUACACGACCAAUGCCCUCCCCCAUUCCCACACACCUCCCUCAUCACACCAUCCUUCAUCACCACCACCAUCCACAUCUGCACCACCCUCUUCAUCACCAUCAUCACCCGUACCCGGACCCCACCUCUCCGUCUCCUUCUCAGCCUCCCCUAACACCCCUCUCCUCAUCCUCCUCCACAACUCCCAUGGGCCCAGGAGGACUGGAGCAACCAUGCUGCUCGGAUGGAGACAACGACUCGCUCAACUCCACCACCAACUCCAACGAAACCAUCAACUGCAGCUCUGGCUCUUCGUCGAGGGACAGCCUGCGUGAACCGCUGCCCCCACUGGGCAAGCAGACCUACCAGAGAGAAAGUCGUCACAGCUGGGACUCACCGGCCUUCAACAACGACGUGGUGCAGAGGAGGCAGUAUCGCAUCGGCCUCAACCUGUUCAACAAGAAGCCAGAGAAGGGCAUUCAGUAUCUGAUUGAGAGGGGCUUUGUGUCGGAUACUCCAGUGGGCAUCGCCCGUUUCAUCCUCGAGAGGAAGGGCCUGAGCCGACAGAUGAUUGGAGAGUUCCUGGGCAACAGACAGAAGCAAUUCAACAAGGAUGUGCUAGACUGUGUUUUGGAUGAGAUGGAUUUCUCAGGGAUGGACCUGGAUGAUGCUCUGAGAAAGUUCCAGGCCCAGAUCAAAGUCCAGGGAGAAGCACAGAAGGUGGAGAGGCUCGUUGAAGCUUUUAGUCAGAGAUACUGCGUCUGCAACCCAGGCCUGGUUCGGCAGUUCCAGAACCCUGACACCAUCUUCAUCCUGGCCUUCGCCAUCAUCCUCCUCAACACAGACAUGUACAGCCCUAACGUCAAGGCAGAGAGGAAGAUGAAGCUGGAGGACUUCAUCAAAAACCUUCGAGGUGUAGACAACGGUCAGGACAUCCCACGGGACAUGUUGGUGGGGAUCUAUCAGCGCAUUCAGAAAUGGGAGCUGAGGACCAACGAUGACCACGUGUCCCAAGUGCAGGCUGUGGAACGAGUCAUAGUGGGCAAGAAACCCGUCCUAUCCCUCCCUCACCGUAGGCUGGUGUGCUGUUGCCAGCUCUAUGAGGUUCCAGACCCUAACAGACCCCAGAGGAGUGGAGUUCAUCAAAGAGAAGUCUUCCUCUUCAAUGACCUGCUCGUAGUAACAAAGAUCUUCCAGAAAAAGAAGAAUUCAGUGACGUACAGUUUCAGACAGUCCUUUCCUCUGGUAGAGAUGCAGGUUCACAUGUUCCAGAACUCCUAUUAUCCUCAUGGCAUCAGGCUGACGUCAGCAAUUCCCGGAGGAGAGCGAAAGGUUCUGAUCGUGUUCACGGCGCCUAGUCAGCAGGACCGCACGCGUUUCACCAACGACUUGAGAGAAAGCGUCGCAGAGGUGCAAGAGAUGGAAAAAUACAGGGUGGAGUCGGAGUUAGAGAAACAGAAAGGUGUGAUGCGGCCAAGCCUCAUCGGCGGUGAAGUGGGUGGCGGCAUAAAGACUGAGGCAGUGAACGGCACUCUGGGAAGGCCCAGCCUGGAUGACACGUACGCAGCAGGGGAAGGCCUGAAGCGAACAGCACUCAGUUCUUCCCUUAGAGAUCUGUCUGAAACAGGGAAACGGGGUCGCAGAAACAGUGUCGGCUCAUUGGAUAGUACCAUUGAAGGUUCCAUCAUUAACAGUCCACGGCCGCACCAGCGCGUGCCCACCGCCGUCUCGGGCUGUUACGGCCUGGAAGACUACCGGCCUCACCGCCCCAUCCUGAGCCCCGGAGUAGGGGUGGGGGGUGGGCCGGGGCAACAACACAACGCUGCUGGGACUGGAGGUGGGGGGAUGGGGGGACUCCCCGGCAGCGCAGAUCGAGGUGGGGGACAGGGGAGCGGAUCUGGAGGGAGCAGUUCCAGCUCCUUCCUGGGUUCCCUGUUUGGCAGCAAGCGCGCCAAACCCCCUGGACCUCUCAUCCCCCCAGGGCCACAUUACCCUGCCCCCGUCCCCCCGCCCACCACAGGAGGGCCGCCGCCUCCCUCCCCCUCCGCCCUCAGCCAAUCAGAUCCAGGAGGACCUUCCAAGAUCCAGGCCCUGCACGCACAGUAUUGCCACAACAACGUUGGCCAGCCUCCACCUCCGUACCACCACCACCACCGCUACAACAUCCAAACCGUGCCCCUGCCCAACCAGGCUUCCGUGGGCUCCCAGCCCGUUACCCAUCAUACGCUACAGCGCGGUUCUCUGCCCCGUCGCGGCCCGCCACCUCCCUGUCACGCCCCGCUGCAGGGCCAGCUAUCUCACCAUGGCGCCCAAGGUCGCUAUGGCAACAUGGGCAUGGGGUGCACCCCGCCGCCUCUCUCUCCGCAUUCCCCGCACUCCCCGGUGGCUCCGUUCAGUUUCUACCACGUCCAUCCCACGCUCCCCGCCCGCGGUCCCGGUCCUACAGGCAAGCUACCGCUGACUCUGUCUCACUCUCAGCCCCACCCGCACGCCCACUCCCACGUUCACACUCAUACCCACAGCCAUCCAGGCCACGUCCACAGCCCCCACCCGCUCAUGCACUCCACCCAUCAGCCUCAUUUCAUCUUUGCUCCGCCCCCUCAGGCACCUUCCAGCAUUACGGCGCGCCACGUGCCCCAGGCCGCCCAGUACCUGCCCCAGUACCCACCUCUGUCCUCCAUCCCACCUCCCCCAUCCCACUCUCCUUUACCCCCCCCUUCGUCCCCCCAUACCCCACUUUCACCUCUCUCCCCACACCCCCCCCAGCACCCCGGACCCCCGGGGGCACAGUCGGCAGGCCAGGGGGCAGGGGCAGGGGGAGGCAGUUCAAGCAGCAGCGGCACGAUGGGCAGCUCCAAAUCCAAGCCUAUCAACCGCAUCAGCACGGUGGUUUGA